AUGAGAGCUGAAAUGGAAUCUCCAAACCUAUGCUCACCCGUCCACCACCUCGACGGGGACAGCUUGGCCGAGAUAUUCUUCUGGGUGGUACGCGACGAAGGCUCAAAGCUUCUCGUCAAGUACAAGAACCUGAUGAGAAUAACUCAUGUUUGUCGCGCAUGGCGAGCUAUCGCAUUGAACCUGGCUGAGCUCUGGGGUGACGUCGCGUUUGCGUCCGGCAACCCGCACGUCUUCGAGACGCUUCUUCAACGUGCAGGAACGGCGCCGAUCGACCUACCUUUCACCAUACCCGCCUCAGAAGCUCAGUUAGAAUAUAUUGCUAGACAUUCUGAACGGUUUCGAUCAAUGCACAUAUCACGAAGCGUACGAUGGGAUCCCACAUCGCUGGCAGGCAAACAUAUGCCUUAUCUCGAGAGCGCUCGACUCUACGCCGGUCCACGAUACGAGGGAGUCCGCUCUGAGCUCGAUCCAGUGGUCAUGCCUCGCCUCCGGGACCUUUACAUGAGUCUCUUCUGCGUCCCCUUCGCUGCGCCAAACCUUAGAAAGCUUCGGAUAACUGCGGCCACGCCAUUCGCACCGAGGACACUCGUGCAGAUGCUCAAUGCACUGCCAAAUCUCGAACAUCUCAGACUGCGCUUCUGCCUUCCCACCUCAUAUGUGCAAGACGGCGAAGGCGUUGCGCUUAUCAAUCUCCCAAACAUCACUUGCAUUGAUCUCAAAGAUCUAUGCACGCCCAUGUCGGCCUUCCUCGAACAGCUGCGCAUAAAGGACCCCGCAUGCGCCGUCUUGCUUACACUCAGUCGCAACUUUGAGAGGCCGCCAUCCGAGGUACAACGCCUAGCCCGGGCGUUGCAGCCAUAUCUGAGCGCAUCCUUCCGCGAUUCGAUCUUGAUGAGCUCGCUUCGCGAGUCAAGUAUCUCUGUGUACUCCUCCAACAGCCAUGGCUUUGGGGAGUAUAUGGUACGGGAUGGCGCAGUCGUCAUCAACUCGGAGACGGCCGAGAACCCUGCAUCGCUCCAUACUGUUCUCUUUGAGCAGUUCCAUACCUCUCAGAUCCGACACCUGUGUGCAUAUCAUGCAGACUUCGCUGCGGGGGCUACUCCGGACGAUUGGGCGGAUCUUUACCGCCAUCCUCUGCUGUCGGAUCAUCUACAGACGUUGAAAACCUACGUAGGUCUGACCCAUCCCGAUGCCUCCUUGGAUCGAGCUACCAUGCUCCCUCUUCUUCUUGGCGAGCCGAUACGAAGACCUGAACUGCGAGAGAUGACAUUAUCUGGAGAUGCAUGCUCAUACGUCCUUACCGUCGCAGACGGUGCAUCCAAUCUAUCAAGAUGGCUCAAGGAGCGUAUAGUAUCUGGGCACCCCUUGGAGAGGCUCCGCUUGGAGGGCGAAAUAGCCUAUGAAGACCGUUCUGCGAUGGAAUCGUUGGCGGAGCAGGAAGUUUGGGAGCGGAUCAGAGAUGCAGUAGAUGUUAUCGACGAGUGGACAGUCAGGACCAAAGGUCUAUCUAUGGACGAUUAUGAGCAGUUAUGA